UUUAUAUAUUAUAAGUGCUCCCAUUCGAAACCAUUUAGACUUUAGUGUUUUCAGUAAAAUGUCGCCUGCACAAUUUAUUGUGACAUUCUUUUGCAUCGUCGCUGGCGUUUCAGCUAUGGUUUCAACCGUAGCACCAUGCGACUUGGAAGACAAAAGCUGCAUCACAAAUUCCUUCAAAAUCAGCUUCCAAGACCUCGUGAAUGGAAUACCCACUAUGGGCGUCAACUCUUCAGAUCCUAUAGAAAAGAAGAAGAUCUUAGGGAUAUUGCCGAAACUGAAAUACACACUGACAGAUGUUACGUUUUCUGGCCUGAAAGAUUGUGAGGUUCGCGAGGCCUUUUUCACACCCGAUCAUACGAAAUUCAUUUUUACCGUGAUUUGCCCCCGGCUUGUAACAAAAGGACAUUACGAUGCCAAAGGACAACUACUUAACUUCGAUGUCUUUGGAAAAGGAAACAUUGAAAUUAACUCCUACGGCUUCAACAUGACAUUCAAAACCGACAUAGAGAUGUUCAAAGACUGCGACGAUAAAGAUCACAUGAAAAUAAAGGAUUACAAAUUACAACUGAACGACAAGGCAUUUGUCACUCACGAACUAUCAAAUUUGUUUAACGGCGACAAAGCUCGUGCCGAAGCUGUGACCAAGGUCAUGAGCGCAAAUUGGAGGAGGGUGAGCGAGGAAGCCGAAGCACCCGCCAUGUAUUCCCUAAUUCUGGUGUUUAUAAAGAACAUGAACAAUUACUUCGAGGGGUUACCUCUGGAGGAAAUAUUCUAUAAAAUAUCUCAAUAAACCCUUCUAUUUUAUAAGACUGAAGAGCCUCAUGGGCAACCAGCUUUAGGUCCAGAAGGACUAGUAACUUGCACCAGAAAUAUUUAAAAUUAGUGUUGCAGAAGCCGCGCAUUAACUUAAUAAUACACCAUUUAGUGAAGGAAAAAACAAAAUAAUGUAUAAAAUCCAUCAAUCAUCUUUUUCUGUCUGUUCGAUUUUAUUUUAUGUGAUUCAUAUCUCCGAACCUUCGGACAGGAAUUAAAAAAAGAUAAUAAAUAUUUAGGUAUUAUGUUUUCCUUCCCGGAGUAGGUACUUAUGCCUUCGUCUUUUACGUUUCACACGUAGUAUCUCAUUAUAUUUAGUAAUAAAUAAAUUAUUUUCGACACAAUCUUUGCAAUGAGGUAAAAAAAAAUUAGUUAA